UUACACAUACAAACACAUCGAGUAUAAUGCUCGCACAUUUAAUAGCGGGAAUGAAAUUACCAAUGUGUAAAUCGCGCCGUCGUGUUAAAGAUUCUGCUUCGGGUGGAACGCACCCGGCAGGAGAGAUUGUAGUCGACGAGUCAGAAACUGAAAUCACUACUGAUGAAAUGGCUCAAGAAACUCCAGGAUAUGUCAGUGUGGAAUUAAAAAAUAAUGAAAGUAACAAGGUACCAAAUGAGCCUGUUGAAGAAAGAUAUGAGGCAAAAGAUGAAUUGAGUAUAGUUGUCUCCGAUGAACGCGCACCCGAAAUUGAGGCAGAAAUCCAGGAACCAUUGGAAACUAAUAGAACAACCGUGGAGUCAUUACCUCCAGAGGAUGAUGAUGUUUUGGCUUUGUAUCUUAGAGAUGCCGAAGUAGCGGCCAUUGAGGAUCGUCGUAGCUUUUCUCAAGAUUUCACAGCUUUACAAGACUAUUGCAGGAACCGCAUAGAACAGCUUAUGUCUGAUCAAGAUGUCGCACUCAAGUGUGCACGUGAAAUGGUACCAUCCAUUGUUCAGAAUUGCCUUGCUGUGCCAACCGAGUGUCAGACAUGCCAACCUAUAGUUCGUGGCUGUUUAGGAUUGGGUGACUGUACCGAGGGCCAAGUCAUCGAUAACACCGAAUUUAGAGUAGUCGAGGAUCGCGGUCAUAAUGAUAUGCCUACAUUGCCAACUGGAAUGUGGUUUGUGGAUACCAUCAAUGAGGCCUUCGAUAAGUGGAGUGAAUACGAUUCCAACGUCGUGAACUUAUUCAGGCUACUUAACUUCAGUGCGCUAUUGAGCUACUGCGGUGAUGCCAGUGGUGACAGAAUUGUGGCACUUCUUACACGUACGAGCUCUAUCGUUUCCAGAGGCCCAGAAGCAUGGCGCGAGAUCAUUCGCAGUUUCACUGUUGAAGAAACUGUAGUAGCUAAGCCCAUGCCAGUUGUACCAAAUGCCAAAUUUGUUUCACGGUGUGAAACUAGAUUGGACGAUGUGCCAAACUUGGACGUUGUAACUACAAAUGAAGAUCCAUUCAGGGUUUACUGGUUCUACACCGAAAAGUGGAUUAGAUCACGUUUAAAUCCCUCUGCAGCUAUAUCACAGGAAUUAGCUACGCAGUCUCGUAUGUGGUUCAACUCAUUGGAAUCCACAGCGCAGGAACUCUUUACGAGACUUUCUAGGACUUUAUGCUGCCAACGCGUCCAAGCCAUAGAAUAAAAUAUUUAAAAUGUCGCAUGCGAGGCUAAUGUGUACGCAUUACUGCUGGACACAACCACA